GGAGCUCGCGCGCGGUCACGUGGGCCAGAUCGGACCAAUGAGCGCGAGGCUCGCGUGUUUUUGCUCGGCUUUUCUUAGCGACGACCAGCGAUGUUUUCAAACCGAGUAGCCGUGAGCUCGAGACAAACGUCACACUGUCGAAGGUUAAAUGACCGUUUUUUAUUCAGCAAAACGGCUUCUUAUCAACAUAAAAAAAAUUGUUUGGGUUUUCUUUUUGCUGUGCUGACCUGAACGUGGACCUUGAACGUGAAAAGGAUGUGUGCUCUCUCAGUGCUGCUGAGUGUCAGACGGAAAAGCGCAGUGACAGAGCAGAGGGGCAGCAGGCUCGCUGUGUCUGGGAGGGAAUGAGGAAAGGAGCGCUGCUGUUAGCUAGCCGAGCUGUGAGGCCCAUGAUGAACCCCGUGAGCCGUAGCAGCCACAGCUAGUCAGAAGCUGCACCAUGGCCAAGCCGGGGACCGACAGAGAUGGAGCCAUGGUGGAAAAGACGACUGGGAAGAAGAGUAAAGAUAAGAUCUCCCCAUUUACCAAAACUCCAAAGUUGGAUCGAAGUGAGAUUAUGGGGAAGCCGAAGUCUUCCAUGAAGCGCAAGCUCUCCUUCAGUGUCAGCCCGCCCCGUAACGAGGAACAGGACUCGGACACAGAUGACUCUGACCCCGGCCAGUCAAGCGAUAUGUGGGGAGAGAGAUUACUUCCUCCCUGCAGGAUAUACGCAGAAAAAGAUGGUCCUGAUAAAAAGAGGGUAAAAAAGGAGUCUGGGAGCAAGAAGUCCACCCCUGUGAAUAUUUUGUUCGGUUACCCACUGUCUGAGCGUAAGCAGAUGGCCCUGCUGAUGCAGAUGACGGCAAGAGACAACAGUCCAGACACCACACCAAGCCACCCCUCCCAAGCUCCAGCAGUGCAGAAGAAGACGCCAAAUAGCUCCACUUCACGUCAGAAAGACAAGGUGAACAAGAGGAAUGAGCGUGGAGAAACACCGCUGCACAUGGCUGCUAUCAGAGGGGAUGUCAAACAAGUCAAGGAGCUAAUUGGAUUAGGGGCUGAUGUAAACGUGAAAGAUUUCGCAGGUUGGACACCUCUACAUGAAGCCUGCAACCUUGGCUACUACGAUGUAGCAAAGGUUCUUAUUGGUGCAGGAGCUGAGGUGAACACACAGGGACUGGAUGAUGAUACCCCUCUUCAUGAUGCCUCCAGUAGUGGACAUAAAGAUAUUGUGAAGUUGCUCUUGCAGCAUGGAGGGAAUGCCUUCCAGGCAAACAAGAGAGGCGAGCGGCCAGUAGACGUUGCUGAUUCUCAGGAGGUUGAGCAGCUACUGAAGGGGGAGAUCCCAUUGUCUGACCCAGAUGACAGCUGUUCAGACUCUGAGGACCCUCCAUCAGUAAACCCUUCCAGUGUAGAUGAAAAUCUAGAGUACUCCGACACUGAGAAGGACUCCGAUGGCAAAUCGAAUGCAGCAAAGGGUACAUCUUCAGUGUCUGGUGUAGAUGAGUACGAGUUCAAGGAUGAGGAAGAGGAGGAAGACCUGAGCAAGGCCCUGAAUGACCGGCACAUCCUGAGACGAGAAGCACGUCAGAAAGAGAAGGAGGAAAAGGAGCAAAACCAUUACACGUCCAAACAGUCCAACAAGAUUGAUCAGACGGUGUCAUCCUGCAAAUUAAAAAAGCCAAAAUCAUCCCGAGUCCUCUACUGCAGUUCAGAUAGUUCAGAUGGUGAAAUGGAUGCGCCGUCAGAACGAAAGUGUUCACCAACCAGGUCGCUCUGCAACGACACUCACAAAACGGAGAGCAGGACAAGAAGAGAAAGCUUAACCCUAAUCCCAGCAGAAAAAGGCAAGGCAAACAAGAAGAAGAACAAGAGCCAAAGCAAGAACAAGGAAAAUCAAGAGGUUCAAGAGGACGGAAAAGAAAACAGCAAGUCUCUUUUGUUUUCCACAGCGACAGUGUCCGACAACUCUGAUAAAAGUGUUCGGGAGGAAGACUCUUUCAAAAUGUCCUUCAGCCCAAAGGACGAUUCAUCAGUGCACCUCUUUCACUUGUCGGCUGUGAAAUCCCCAAAGCUCGGUUAUAGCCAAACUGACAAGCAGAUGACGCCACUAAAGCAGGAAAAUGCUAAGACUUUUGUCUCCAUUGGAGAUGGAUCCUGCCCUAUGGAUGGUGUCAAGUACAACCACUACACAGAUUCUGACUACACAGAAGGUUCCAGCAGUAAAAGCUGUAAGCACAAGGACAAAAGCAAACAUCACAGCUUGGAUGGAGAUGACCGAAGCUCCAGUCCUUUUAAAGAUGCCAGUUUAAGCAAUAGUAUGGAUGGCUCUGAAGGAGCUUUCAGGAAGGCUGACAAAGAUGGUAAGAUUGUCAAGAAGCAUAAGCUAAAACACAAGGAGAAGGACAAGUACAGGAAAGACUACGAGUCCGAGAGAAAUCGGCACCGCCAGAAAGAACUACGGAAAGAUGGACAUAGGAACAUGGAGUUCGACCGAGAGUUUUGGAAAGAGAAUUUUUUCAAAAGCGACGAGACUGAAGAACUUAAAGGGAAAUGUGAGACACCAGACAGUUGUUCUCCUCAGAAAUCCCUCGACUCGUCACCAAUCAAAGAAGAAAAGGUCACGUUAAAAGACAAGCAUUCAGUCUGCAACAGCACUAAAGAAAGAAAACAAAAAGAUGAGCGAGAGAAAGACAAACUCAUAAAAAAAGAGAAGAAAGAGGUGGCAUAUAAAGAUGAAAGAGGAGGGAAGGAGGGGAAAGGAGCUGAAAAUGAUGACCGGUCAGAAACUCUUAACUUGUUACGAAAGUCUGAAGACUCUCUUCCAAGUCCUUGUGUAAAAGAGGAGGUAGAAGACAAACCUCUUACUGGAAACUUGGUUGAUCAUAAUCAGCUGGAGACUACAGAGAAGAGCUCUCGAGAGAAAAAUGAUAAACGGCUACCCACAAAGGACAGAGAAUCUGAAAAAUGUGAGAAAAAGCAAGCCGAGAAAGAAAAGAAAAUCAAAUCGGAACAUGUAUUGGAUAAAUCGGACCUUCACAACUCUACAGAUCGCUGGAAAGAGAGGGACAGAUUAACGACCACGUCUAAUUUGUCUGGUGAGAAGAGUCACAAGGAAAGUGAAAAACUUAAACCCGUGUCCGUUACAAAAAAGCAUGAAGAAAACAAAAAGGGUAAGGACAAGCUUGACAGAAGAAGUGAGAAAGAACGACAAGAGAGAGAGCAUUCCUCAAGUGAUCACCGGGACAAGGAUAAAAUGAGUUCUGAAAAGAAAGGCAAGGCUCCUGAGAAGAACGCUGAUCACGGCAAAGUUGAUCGAAUUAAAGAAAAGGAAAGAGAAAAAGACAAAGACUCUGACAAGAAGAAAAAAGAAAAAUCAAAAGAAGCCACUCUGGCCUCUUCAAGUUCGAAUCUCAAAUUUCUUUUGGAAGAGAAAAAGGGGUACAUGUCCGAGAGCAAUAAAACAGUCAUCUCAAAAUUAAAAGAAGAGGUUAUGAAAACCCCCGAGAGAGACCGGGACAGACGGGAGAGGGAUCGAGAUUUUGAAAGGCAUCGGGACCGGGACCGAGAGCGGCACAAGGAAAAGGACAAGGAUAAAGAGAGGUCACAGCAGAAUAGGGAUAACAAACUCGUUAAAGCCAGACCUAUUGAAUCGGAGUCAGACAGGUCUAAAUCCAAAGCCUCCCCAGCACAAAAGGAAACCCGUCCCAAAGAGAAAAGAUUGGUUAAUGAUGACCUCAUGCAGACCAGCUUUGAGCGAAUGCUUAGCCUGAAGGACCAGGAGAUUGAGCAGUGGCACAAGAAACACUUGGAAAAGAUCAAACAAAAAGAAAGGGAAAGGCUGAAACAACGGCCAGGAGCUGACUCUGGGAAGCAGAAAAACAAAGAUAAAGCAAAAAUUUCCACUUCAAGUGAACCGUGUGCAAACAAAGAACUCUUGCGCUCCAAGAGCUCAGAAAUCCCAGAGGCUUCCAGUCGUGAGAAGAGCUUAAAGGAUGCAACCAGCGGAAGGACACUUUCGCUAGAUGCGAAGAACCUGUCCUGUUUUGGAAAGACUGGUCCAGUCAUAGAAAACAGCCUUAGUCGAUCUCCAAGGCCUGACAGUGAACGAUCUGGUAUCAUGUCGAGAUCAGUGUCCAUGAUCUCGGUAGCCAGUUCAGAGGAUUCCUGCCAGGCUAGCAUGCUAACACCCAGACCCACCGAGUACGACUCUGACCUCAAUUUGGAAGCAUCCGACUCCCAGCCACCUUUCCUCCAGUCUUCCCUCGUAGUUCAGUCCUCCAGAUCACCACUUGUUAACGAUAAAGAUACCAACAGUCUUCCUGACCUAGCUCCUGGCAGUCGAACACCGCUGUCCAGCAGACUCGCAUCCCCAUACUUAAGAGCUGUCCUGGAUGAGGAUGCUAAAGCUGGUCCAUGUGAACCAGACAGACUGACUGAAGACUCUCAAAAAGCUGGUGAUGUAACAUGCUCCAGCGAGGAGCCUGGUAAGUUACACCAGACUGAAGCUAGUGGAGCAGUCACACAGGAAUGUCUUGGUAGUCACAACUCGGUGUCGGCACCUCUCCCUUGUGCUAUACCUGAAGCUGAACAUUCUGUUGGUGUUGAGGAUGCGUGUGGCAGUUCAAGCAGCCAGUCUGCAUGCGUGUCCAGCUCUCGAGAUACUUCAAUAAAGGAUCUCUCAGGUCAACAAACUAGCCUUUCACAAGCCAGCAGUUUGUUGCCAAGUACAGUCGAGGUCAGCAAGCUAAACACUGGAAAUUUACCAGAGCAAAGUGGACAAAAUCAACCUGACAGCUCUGACACAGAAAUGACAGACUGCUCAAACAAAAAUUCCUCAUUAGCACCUGCGUCCCAGGUUGCAUCAGCUGCGUCCUUGCAGCCAGAGCAAAGCUUCACCACCAAAACGGCUACGCAGUCAAUUAACCUGAAGUGGGAUUCUGUCUCGGAACCCAAUAAUGACCACCCGUUAAGGACAGACGUCGAUUUAAGACCAGAGCAAAGAGCAAGAAGUCUGUCCAUGGAUUCUGAAAACAUAAUGGAGGACAGAAGUAUGGAGCCGGUUUCUGGUGGGAGCAGAAUGGAUUGGACAAGUAGCCAAGCGCCGUCGAUUAACUCUUACAGGACCAGUUCUGAGGAGUCGACGAAAACACUGCCAUGUGCAACCAGUGUGGUCAGAGAUUCUCAGCAGGUUCCGGAAAAGACUUCACUAGAUGACUCUAAGAUAAGUCUCUCCAACGAGAACACAGGUGAUGCACAGCUGGAGAAGAAUGAACAUAGUUUGCCUGUCCCUGCAGUUUCAAAUGUCCCUCACUGUGCCAGUCCUGAACAGACCCCUGAAGAGCCAAUGGAAGUAGUGGGGGAAGAGCCAGACAAUAGCCAGGCUGUUGCGGAGACUCAAGUAGAGAAAGCAGUGGCGACAGAGGAUGCGACUCAAACUCCGCCUAUCCCAGAUGUUGACGUAGAGAUGCCAGACCAGCUUACUGUUGACGAGAAACCAGCAAAACCAGGUACUCCGUCAGACGGAGAUCAGAAUCUGGGCUGCACUGGGGUUCAACUUGAUUCGCAAUCGGAACUAACCAGUGGAGCAACAUCUGGAAGCUCUUCUCCACUGUCGGUGGCCGACAGAGAUGGGGAUCCAGCUGGAGCCAGGACAAAAGCAAAGCCUCUGGAUGAGGAGGUCGACAUCCAGGUCACUCAUCCAAGAAAACGAAAGAUGCCCAGGGUUUCUCCUUCAACCCAAGCCAGCCUUUCAGUCCAGCAGAUUAAGGAAAAGACCCAGCAGUCUUUAGCAGCAAUCGUGGACUCCCUAAAGCUUGAGGAAAUUCAGCCGUACCAGACAGAAAGGGCUAAUCCGUAUUACGAGUUCCUGCACAUCCGCAAAAAGAUUGAGGAGAAGAGGAAGGUGUUGUGUAGCGUCAUUCCUCAAGCACCACAAUACUAUGAUGAGUACGUUACAUUCAAUGGGUCCUACUUGCUUGAUGGGAAUCCUCUGAGCAAGCUCUGUAUUCCAACGAUAACGCCACCACCCUCACUACCUGAACCACUAAAAGAGAUGUUUAAGCAGCAGGAGGUUGUGCGCAUGAAACUGCGCUUGCAGCACAGCAUCGAAAGGGAGAAGUUGAUCGUGUCCAACGAGCAAGAAGUCCUGCGUGUACAUUAUCGUGCUGCGAGAACGUUAGCCAAUCAGACACUACCGUUCAGUGCUUGCACUGUGUUGUUGGACGCAGAAGUAUACAACAUGCCCCAGGAUGUACAGGGAGAUGACGGGAAAACCUCAGUGAGGGAUCGGUUUAAUGCAAGACAGUUCAUGUCUUGGCUUCAGGAUGUGGAUGACAAAUUUGACAAGUUAAAGACGUGUCUCCUGAUGAGGCAGCAGCACGAAGCAGCAGCUCUUAAUGCCGUUCAGCGAUUGGAGUGGCAGCUGAAGCUACAGGAGCUGGACCCUGCCACUUACAAAUCAACCAGCAUCUUCGAAAUCCCUGAGUUUCACAUCCCGCUUGUCGAGGUCAACGAUGACUUUGACCUCACCCCAAUAUAACAGCAGUGAGCCAGCGCUCGGGUCACAAAGAACUGACGAGGCUCAUCUCUCCAGGGCUCGAAGAACAGAGAAACACAAAGCACUUGUUUCGGGCAAGCUCUGUGUGUGUGUCACGUAGACUUGCACCAUAUGAUCAGACACUCCAGAGGGGGGAAAAAAAUUAAUAAUAACAGUGGACACACAAUUGAAUGAGGGUCCUCCACCAUCUCUGCGGAUUAAAAAGUCUGCAGUCUUUUUUUGUUUGUAAGUCAUUCUGGUUAGGAGUGUCUGCCAAAAGACUUAAACGCACAUGCUACAUUUUUCUGUACCGGGUCCAAGGCUCCGCAUUGCGUCCCUGAAGGUCCAAUUACUUUUCUCAGCAUCAGCUCUUGUUUGACUACACUUACCUUCCCCAGAUGCACUUCUUCUGUCAUAAGAGUCGGGUGCGAAAUCUCGGUUCUUACAGCUGCUGGCUUUAGGUCCAAACAGAAACGCACUUCAACUUAAAGUCCCUUUCGCAGAACCGUAUAGAACCACAGGCAAGCAGAGCUGCAUGGAGGAGAUUCAGCCAGCAGAGGGCGAUGUGAUCUCUCUCUCUCUGUGUGAUCAGAGGGAGAAGGUGCAAGAGGGAGAUGUUAGAAGAAGCAAACACUUUACCUGUCCUCUGGCGGAACAGAAAGGUGUCGUUCCAACUCAUUUCAAAAGUGAGUGUUCAUGAUGUAUAGAUUGUGCUCUUCAUUGUUUGUUUGGUUUUUUUUAACUUAUUUUAUACAUACUGAUUGUGCAUUUGUAAAUAUCCAUGUAAUUAUUAUUAUUAUUAUUAUUUUUAUCAUUUAUUAUUAUUAUUUUUAACUUGUAAAAAGAGAAAAUAACAUAAAAGGAAGUUAAUAGAUAUUUUGAUUGUAAACUUUUUGUCAAAUGUUUAAUGGACCAAAGUUUGUUUUUGGUUUUUUUUUUUUAUAUUGAGCGUCCUUUUUGUCGUUGUUGGCUUAACUCUUUAAGCAUGUGCUUUUGAAUUCUGUUUGUUUUUGUUCGUUACGUUUUCUUCUUCUUCUACUACUACUACUACUACGACUACACGUUUCCUCUUAGAUUCAUCACAGCAGGUGUUUUUGACUUGUGAUUUCUAUGCUGUGCAUGCGUUGCAGAUUUGUACUUCUUUUUCUGAAAGCUGUGCUGUGGUGAGGUUUAUGUAAGUGGUCCUGCUUUUUUCCCCGCCUUCGUCGUCUCUUAGUAGCACUCACUUCUUCUUCUUCCUCUGUGUUGCCCGUUGUGUCUUGCACACGUAAUGAGAGAGAAAAAAAAAGGAUCGAUGUCUUCUCAUUAGAAAAGGAAACUUACUUUUACAGUUUUAAUGUGAGAUCAUGACAAAACAAAACCUAUUUUUUACAACACGCCUUUUGAACGAUGGUUCUAAAAAUAUGUCUAUUUUAAUAUUUACUUGUUACAGGAUAAUGUACAUAAUUGUAAUAUAUACC